AUGGGAUUUUUGAGUGGAGUGCUUGGUGCGGUGAAAAACACUCAGACAUACAAUGUCGGUAAAAAUACAUUACAAAACUUGGUAAGUAAUGAAAUUAACAAUCAUCUUUGCUCAGGGCACGAGGGCUUUAAAAGGCUUUUCGAAAAGUUGCCCAAGGAAAUCGAGAAGUAUAACAGGGACGUGAAAAAACAGAAUGAUGAUAUCACAGCCAAGAUAAACAAUUUAGAGAUGCAGUUAAAUACCAUGAAUGAUAAGGUAAGUAAAGUUUUAGAAAAUGAUGCUGUUUCAGGUACAACCAAGAAAUCCGUGCAGGCUGUGACGUACAGUGAGGAGCACGUGGAAUACGCUGUGAUAAAUAUUAGGCAGUAUCUUCGUGACUGUCAAUAUAAUGCCGAUAGAUUCAACGAAGCAUUCGACCUAGAACAAAGAUUAGACAUGCAAACUGCUGUUAAUGAUCUUAACUCUAAGUUACGUAAUGAUGUACUUGUAGCCACGAAGGCAGUCAAACAUGAAACACAGCGACUUGAGCAGUUGGCGCAGAAGGAGUGGGAUGACUAUAAAUACAUGAAGAGAACGGUGAGAGCAACGAUGGAGAGUCUGAAAUUAUCAGUUAACGGUGAGGUAAAAUACCAGGUAGAUGAACUAGUUAAGAAAUUGAAAGAGAAGGUUACGGAAAUGAAAAAUAACCUUGAACCAAUUAGAGACAAUCUCGGGGAAUACAUCGGACAUUUGACUGCGUGGAAGUCAGCAGGCGACACAGCCGUUACGAAGGCGAAGUCGCAGUGUGAUGAGAUUGUUUCGAAGUUGAACGGGAGGGAUUAUCAACAAAAUUCCGGGGAUAAAGGAGCGGUGAAAAAAGCGGCAAAAGCAUUGCAAGAGAAGGCGGAAGAGCUUAGGACCAAAGCGUACGAUGCUAAGCAGCAGGUUGAGCAGAAAGUACAAGAAGCCUUGAAAGCUGUGCACCAAAUGAAUGAUGACCUGAAGCAGGAUUUGUCGAAGGUGAGGGAGGCGAUUACCGGUGAGGUUGAUAAAGUUAAGCAAGCAAUUGGGAAGCUGUAUGCAGGUAUUACGACUGGAGAAUCAGGAGAAGGAAAUGAAAAUCAAGAAAUUAAAAACAUAGUCGAAUAUUUCAGAACAAAACUUAAAGAAAUUACGGGAAGUGUGGGUGGAAGAGAGAACCCUAAAACAGGUCUCAUGGGAAUUAUCUUCCAAGUAAGAGAAUAUGCAAAAACGUUUCAGAAUAGAUUUAAAGCAUCCAUUCAGAGCAUGGUUCAACAGUUGGUGGAAUGUGAGGGUAUACAGGAGAGACUCAUAAAAUCAGUUAAAGCAAAACUUGGCAGAGGUAACAUGAUAAGAGUUGAUGAAGAAGUGAAACGCAUAAUCCAGCAGCGGAUUAUAAGUCCAAUCGAAGCCAUUAAUGCUUCUUCAUCAAACCUGGGAACGAAACCAAAUGUUGAAGCAAAUUUGUCUGAUAUUAAAGAAUAUUUAUGCAAUUACGGCAAGCAGAUUGAUGAGCAUUUACAAAGAGCGAACGCAUUUUUACAAUCCUACGCCAAACAGUUUGAACACAGCCAAAAUAGACCGGAGAUUACAGGCGACUAUUUUAUUAGUAGGGUCGUCAAAACCAUUCUUACCGCGCUACAGAAAGCGGUUAAGGGUGCGGAGAAUGAAUUCGAUCAAUUCAUAAUAGACUCCAAGAUUGCUCAGUUGAGUAUAGCUACAAGUGCAGCCGAGACGCUGGAAGACAACGUAAAAAAAGCUCUUGGCAUUGGCUCCGGUAAUAAUACAGUUGCCGUCGACGUCGAUAAAUCUAUAAAUAAUGUCAACGCUGUGGCUAGGCAGCAGUUGCCGGGUAAUAGUGUUUCAUCGGUUGACUUAAGUCAGGCCACAUCUAGUUUUACGCGUUACACAAAGCACGUUGAUCAGAGUAAACUGACUGCUCUUCAGACCACUAACCUUAAUGCCAUUCUUGACGCAAACAAACUCCCACACGCCAUCAAAGGGAUUAACGAUCAGGUGGUUGCUGAGACGUUGAAAGAUGUCGUAGAAGAAAAGAACGGAGGUGAUACACAAAUCCACAACAAAACCUUCUCCACUCUGCGCACCGCCGUCGACUCCAGCCUGGACAAAUUCACCGAAGCCGUUGAAAAGCUUGUUAAAAAGGACAGCGUCAAUACUACAGUGAAUGCCUACCUGUUGGAUUUGGAGAAGAUGCUUAAGGAAAGUGAUCCUGUCAAGGUUUCGGCUGAUGGAAUGACUGCCCACUCCUCCGUCAAAGGCCUCGAGAAAAUAAUAGGAAAUUUCACCACUCUUAAGAACAACCUGGAGAGCGGUCCCAUUGCAUUGGCCGACUAUUUCAUCGAAUCCUACGCUGACGCAGAAAAAGAUCAAACCAUACGAAACCUCAUAGAUUAUGUCUACUCCCAAGUCAACAUCGCUAAAGAUCUCCUCACCACCGCCGCCCGCCGCAACUACGUCACCUCCGUGAAAUCGCUCCUCACCGCGUUCGCGGACAAGGUCGAAAAGGAGUUGGCGGGGUUGCCGGGGGAGAUUGAUGCGGAUCUGACGAUCGGGUUCAAGGGGUUGAUGGGAAACUUUUACGAGAAGUUUAUUGAUAAAAUUAAGCCAAUCAAAGAAAUUAAUAUUAAGUCUACUCCCCAAUCAAUGCCACUGAGCACCGCAGCUGAAAAGGUACAGAGCGGUUUCGAGGAGUUCGUGGGCGCAGUUAUGAAACAGACCGAUAUGUUUGGGAAUGUGCUUGCCAAAAUUGAGACAUCAAAUCAUAAUGAUGACCAGAUUCAAGACACUUUCCCCCCUCUACUACAGACAGUUAUCUCAGUGUCACGGGCUUUGGAGGACACUUUUUCAUACCUUACGGGUUCACAUCAUUUUGACUAUGAGGUUAUUAAACAUCUGCAGAGACUACAAACGGCAUUGAAUGACUUCACUCCUACGAAAUUCGGUGACACUUCCAGUCCAAUCCUACAAGCAUUAAAGGAGGGAUUCUUCGGCAUAGUUACGGAGCUUCAGAAAGUGUAUAUUAACACGUACUCUGGUCAGACGAUUAAGUGGGAGGAGGGCAAUCCUGAAACUACAUUCUGCGCCAAAGCCUUCCUCAGUGCACUCGAAUUUCUAAAUGAGGACCUCAGCUAUUUGAGAGAGCAAUGUACUGAGAAGUGGUCGCCUAAACAGAUCUAUGCCUCAAGCAGUCUCGGCACAUUCCUCCAUAAAUGCGGCUACGGCGUUGCUACUCUCGAAUCCAAGCAGGACGGUGAGCUACGUAAUAAGCCUGACUGCAUGGGUUCAGAUGUACGCGGGUUCCUUGUCGGCGAGGGAUACACUGAAGUUUAUAACUCCAAAUCCAAUAUCAAACACGCAUUACAAUACAUUUACGACUACCUUCCCGAUUAUUACGAUGUUUGCCACCUGUCCACUUCAUCCUCCAAAAGACCAUGUUCCGUCUACGAAAUGCUAUGCUGGCUUACCGGGCUUCCGCACAAUAAGGCAUAUAAUGAGUUGUUACUACACGGUCUAAGUGAUAUGUUUGUAGACCCAAAGCGGCAGGAAAAAGAGGUCGACGGUGACAUUGAGUUCACAGUGGAUCGGACGGAACACGUGCACAUCGACGCGUAUCCAAACCGACUUACUUACGAGAACACCUGCAAUCUCGUCGAUCAUAUCUGUGCUAAAUCGCACGACGUAUUGUGUCGAAUCCUUGGCACCGGUGACGAGAACACCAUGUACGCUGUCGAUUACUCCACCAACUCACUCAAGUUGUACUACCCCUCUUCGGGUGAGGAAUGCCUUGACAUGUUCCUCAACAUUUUGCGUAGAUUGUUCCCACCACUCAAAUACUUGCAAACGCAAUGUGGCAUUGCCGCAAACGAAUUCGGCUGGGCUGGUUGCCGUUAUGGCAAGGAUGUCCAUACAACCAAAUGGCCAUGUAGCGGACACUCAAGCAGUGAAGCAACGUGCCAUGCAAAUUGUCAAACAACGUGCCAACCUACGUGCCAACCAAAAUCGCCACUAAUGAGCUACCUAAACGAUUGCCUUCCGGGUCAUUUACCUCACGCCCUGACUGGCAUUGGUUGCAAAGCCAAAUGUUCAACCUGCCCGAAAUCCACGCCCGGGAUGCCGUGUAUCACGCCACUUGGAUUCAGGUGUUUCUCCGGGACCAAGCGUGAAGGCAGAGACAUAAGUGACGUGCUAGGCAAAUUCUUUGACAACGGCAACCUUAAGGUCCUAUUCAGCUUGCAAGCUAAAACUCCAUCUACGUUACCGGAACACUUCGGUUUUGCAUUAUCCUUUGUAAAAGGGUGGAGUGAUGUGACAGAUACACGAAAUCAUAGCAUUAAGCAGUCCAUUGAAGCAUCCAUCGCCGACCGGUCUAUUAAUCUAUAUGAGCCACCCAGCACGCUCACCGACAAACUGCGUGACGCAUAUGGUAGUAAGCAUAUUCCUCAUCUCAAUAAGCCACAUCUAUCUGUAUACGCUGACUUGUCAAGUCUUGCGGUAGCUAAACCAUGUUCGGUUAAGGAUGUCAACUGCGCUCCUUAUCUCUCAUCCCUAUGCAUCGAUACAUAUCAUCACCUUGCAAAGAAGCAAUCCAACACAUACCUCUCCUGGGCCAUCUACCUCCCGUGGACAUUCUGGGAUCUGCUCAACAAUCUCUACAACGCCUUCUGCUCCAUCAACUGCCAGGACUGGGGAUGCCGUGGAUGUCUCCGCGGUGACAAGUGCAAGAAGGGGGGGCAUGGUGUUGUUGAUGAAGAUAAGCCAUCUGCCAUUUGUCAAUGCAGAUCCAUCGUUGACUGCAAGGGCGUCGCACCAACGCUCUACCAGUAUGGUUUCGUCUUUGGUGAAGCGUCGACGCUGAAUGACAAGGCAUCGCCGAAGACGUGUUCCGAUUUCUGUAGUCAGUUGAAGAAUGUGUUGCAUUCGAAAUAUUUCGAGAGAUUGUUCGAAGAGUGUGACAACUUCCUGUGGAAGAUCCGUGAACCAUUCUCCUACCUUGUCCUUGCCCUCUGGCUUUUCUCCUUCCUGUACCUCCUCCACAUCAUGGUCAUCCGCCUCGACCUCCUCCACAUCAAAUCGCAUCUACAUAGUCCCUCAUCACAUCGCAUAGCUGCCCAAUCACUGCUCGCUGCUGGACGUGUUAACAAGCUUAACAGGGUGUUUUAUCUGCAACCAUAA